AUGUAUUGGAAAGGGUUGCGGAUUGGCACCGAGUCCAAGAGGCAGAGCUUCAUCGAUCCCCAAUCCCAAUCCCGUCAUAGUGAGCAACUGCCUCGUACAACCCUCUCAACCACCCAGCUUGCUACUCGACACUCAGAGUCUGCUCCUCGUUCUCCUCCUCUGACCGGACCAGAUGAUGAUGGCGACAAAGGCGACGAUGCUAAUGGUGCGCGGCUCGCGGUGUCAGAACUCCGCACGGACAACAACAACCAUGCAUCCAAGACAGACACCUCUGGCCCCUCGUUAGCCCCCAGCGAGGCCCCGAAUUUGCGCAGGAACCGAUUCAGUUUUAUGAGACUCCGGUACGCAUCGGAUCCACAGCUGUCCAAGUCCUAUGCCAAGGGCGAAGAGAAAGUUCCUCCGGUCCCCUCCUUACCUCCCCCAACAAUCAUCACAACCGCACCUACAAGCCAUGAGCUUGACCAGCCUGCCAAGCGAAAGAGCAAGUUCAACUUAUUUCCCGGCCCUAAGAAAUCUUCCGUCGAGGAUUUAUCCGCGAGUAUGCACGGUCGGCCUCAAGACCGAACCGCAAAACCUCAGCACGGCGCCCAGGGCUCGACAGACUCCCAGACCGUUGAUCCCUCCCUUGCUACGAAUCGAGGGAGUGGUGAUGACCCCGGGCGCCUGUCAACCACGUCGAUGCAAAGCAGUGGCCGAGAACCCCACAACGAUUCCCAUCGCUCAUCUGUGACGGACGCGCGGUUCUCCGAAUCCUCACGAUCAGACCAGAGCUUGGGAGAGCAUGGUAUCCAGCGUACAUUUUCUCCCAACGAAGGCUCGACUUCCAGCAGUAAACGAUUUCGCAUGCCGCGUUUGAAAAGGAACCGCGCUCCUCUAUUCCCCUUACCACCGAAACCAACUGGUGCGCAAUCAGCGAACGGCCGUCGCCCAACAUUGCCCAAAACCACCACAGGCGACUCAAACCCAAAGUCGGAUAUCUCAGAUGAACAAGAACAGGAUCAUGUGUCUCCUUUGCCAUCACCAUCUCGCUCCUCGGCGGUCCUCUCUUCAUCUCCCGGCCAACCAUUGUUCAGGAAUGAUUCGGCAACCUCUGCCCGCUCAGUCAACUCAACCGCGUCGAAUCGCAACCGGGCACCUCAACCGGGACGAGAGAGAGCUUCUACAAUGGAUUCUUUGCCUGACAUUCAGGAUGGGCACCGGCCAAACAACUUGGUCUCAUCGGGACGCACAUCGACGUCGACCAGCGGACGCAAAAGCUUUGGUGAUAUCUUCAGCAUCCCGCAGCGUUUGAGACAAAAUUCAGAACCAGUUUCUCGGAUUGGAUCUCCAGGCGCAGGUGGCCCAGGGGGCCUGCCCAAAGCAGGAUCCUCGCUUUCUCGCACUGUUUCCUCACAUCCGGAGCGCGAAGAGAAUGAUACUCCUGCCUCGUACUUAGCUCGACUAGAGCAAAGUAUACCAAGAGGCGCUAUCGCAGGUGUACUUUCCCAGUCGCCUGAUGAAUUCUACAAAACAGGACUGCGAAAGUACAUGAGAGGAUUCGCCUUCUUUUGUGACCCCAUCGAUAUGGCCAUUCGGAAACUUUUGAUGGAGGUGGAAUUGCCAAAGGAGACACAGCAGAUUGACCGGUUUAUACAGGCCUUCGCGGACAGGUAUCACGAAUGCAACCCGGGGAUCUUCGCUUCGACAGACCAAGCGUACUUCAUUGCGUUCUCAAUACUCAUCCUACACACCGACGUCUUCAAUAAAAACAACAAGCGCAAAAUGCAAAAGCCUGACUAUGUCAAGAAUACUAGCGGCGAAGGCAUAUCUAAUGAAAUCUUGGAGUGCUUUUAUGAAAAUAUCUCUUACACCCCUUUCAUCCACAUUGAAGACGCAAAUACUAACGGACGCCAUCUCGCGAAACCCCGGCGCAUGCUUUUCAAGACCGCCAGCUCGGAGCACUUAUCUCGCGCUUCUAGAGAGCCAGUGGACCCAUAUACACUCAUUCUCGACGGCAAGCUCGACUCUCUUCGACCAAGUCUUAAGGAUGUGAUGGAGCUGGAAGACACGUAUAGCUGUACUGGAACCGCAGGACACCCUGACAUGGAUAGUCUUCAUAGAGCAUUUGCCAAAUCUGGUAUAAUACAAAUUGUGUCUCCUCGCUCGCGACCAGAUGCAUUCAUGCCAUCAAGCAUUGACAACCCAGCCGAUUCGAACCCUGGGCUUGUGGACAUAAAGGUAGCCAAGGUCGGGUUACUUUGGCGAAAGGACCCCAAGAAAAAGAGGGGCCGUUCUCCAUGGCAAGAAUGGGGUGCCUUGCUCACCUUUUCGCAGCUAUACUUCUUCAGGGACGUCAAUUGGGUGAAGUCGUUGAUGUCUCAGUACGACUCCGAGCAGAACGAAGGCAGCCGUCGGCCUGUUAUUUUUAAACCACCUGUUACCGAUUUCAAGCCGGAUGGACUCAUGUCAACAGAUGAUGCAGUGGCCUUGCUGGAUUCGAACUACAAGAAGCACAAGCACGCCUUCGUUUUUGUUCGACACAACUCUCUGGAGGAGGUCUUUCUUGCCAAUACCGAGGAGGAUAUGAAUGACUGGCUCGCGAAACUAAACUAUGCUUCAGCCUUCCGCACAACGGGUGUUAGAACGAAGGGGAUGAUCACUAAUUACGAGGCCGAGCGGGAUCGCAUGGGUCGCAUGAGCACUGUGCUGUCGAAUAAUGAUAUUGGUCCUGCAGACAAGGAACCGCCUUCACCAAUUAUCCCUGACACCGAAAUCGCCGAGGAAUUGGUCACAGCCCGCCGACAACUUAUGGCCCAGAGGGUCCGCGAGGCCAACGAAAAGCUCUUUGUGGGCCAAAGGCAGCUCGAUGAUCUCCUGCGGAACGCUCGACACCUGCAGGUCCUGACGCCCGUUCAUUCUAGGGCAAGAGAGCAGGUCAUCAUGGCUGCAGGCCGCAUGUCGGCGAAAUUGAAAUGGGUGAGACAGGAUAUCUGGCGCACCAAAUGCCAUCGCGAAGUUCUUGUUCGCGACUUGGGUGAAGAUGUAGACAAGGUGGAGGCGGAACCAUUUGCCGACCAACAAUCUCUUCAGUUACAGAUCCCUACAACCGACCCAUCCAUUUCCGAAACUGGAACUAUAGAUCGGGCUCAAAGCGUCAAACAAACCUCUCCAACUAAGGACGCCCUACCAUCCUCACCAGAGAAGGCUAUGUCUGACAAUCCUUCUUCGCCUCAAUCCGCCGUUGGCGAUAUCCGAAGGCCAAGUAUCCCAAUAUCUGUCACAUCUUCCGAAUUUGCCCACCCCGGCAGACGACUCUCUGUGAACCAAAUGAAGGAGCGUGCCAAGUCACACUCGCCCGAUCGAGCGAAUAAGCUGGAACGUGAAGCAUCGGUUCUUAGCGCUGGCAGCAAGAUGGAUGUUUCAAGCCUUGGGUCUCGGGCUUCUAAAAUCACAGCCCCAAGCAUUGAUGAUGGUGAAGAACGGGUUCUUCGCGAGGCCGGUCUUCUGGAGGUCAACAGCUCCCCCCAGGCAAGAAAGCGAGCCACAUCAGUUAAUGGCAUUGACUCCGAUAAAAAGCCCGACGAUUCACAAGAGGCCCAAGGUGAGCAAACCGGCCGGGUUCGCCGUAGCCUACACCGCACUCUUCGUGAAUCUCACCAUGGACACAAUGGACAUCACCUUCGAAACAAGAAGACUCGCGACUCUGUUUCUAGUGCAGCUCCAUCCGAAGAUGGAACCAAAGAAACGAAUGAAGGCGAGGGUCUGUCGCGAAAAUACCCGAGCUUCACUGUUCACGGCAAAAAGGCUUCUAUUGUGACUUUUGGGUCUGAAUGGCAAAACAUGCCGCCAGAGGAGCGACUGAAACUACGCAAGCCUACACCAUCGGAUGAGCCAAGGAUGUCCGACCCUAGCAUUGCCAGUAGUGGCGACUCGAUCACUUCUGAGCCUUUCAAUUUGAACGGACUGCGUCCGCACUCUGUACGAAGUGCGAGCACUGCGACGAGAAAGAGUUUCCGUAACCCCGAUGAGUCUGGAGAACCCAGAGAAGCGAUUCCCCUCUUUAAAGAAGAAGAUGAGAAGCGGUUCUCGGCUGCUCGAGCAGAGGACCAAAGCUCCAAGCAGUCGGACACAGAAUCAAUUUCACCCUCAACAACCCCACGAGCUCCCACGCACAAUGGGCGGCUCGCCGUACCUACUGAUGACGAACCAAUUACAGCCUCGACAUCGGCGGAUGAUGAUGUUGCCGAUGAAACACCAGCAGAGGACAAGAUGCAGCAAAGCCCGCCAGAGCAGGCUGUCAGCGCAUGA